AUGAGCCCAACAGCCCAUAGCCACAGACCAAGAGCCAGAGCCAAGAGCAACCAAGAGCAAUGGAGCCAGAGGAGCCCAAAGCAAGAUGCCCAAGAUGCUCCAAGAAGCCCCAAGAGCCCAAGAGCCCAAGAGCGCAAGAGCCCAAUUAGCCAGAGCCCAGAGCCCCAAGAGCCAGAGCCCACCCAAGGAGCAAGAGCCCAAGCCCCAAGAGCCAAAGAGCCCAGAGGCCCCAACGAAGCCAGAGCAAAGAGCCCCAGAGCCCAAGAGCCAAGAGCCCAAGAGCCCAAGAGCAGAGCCAGGCCAAGCCCAAGAGAGCCCAAGAGCAAGAGCGCAAAGCCAAGAGCCAGAGCCCAGAGCCAAGGAGCCAAGAGCCAAGAGCCAAAGAGCCCAGAGCAAGAGAAGAGCCCAAGAGAGCAAGAGCCAGAGCAGAGCCCAGAGCCAAGAGCCCAAGCCAAGAGGCCCAAGAGCCCAAAGCCCAAGAGC